UUUAUCUUUGCGCUGCUGGUUCUCAUAAUGAUGUACAUUUUCACGGUGAGUGCAUCGGUGGCUUCGUCGUGGAGAGGAAAAAAAAAAAUAUAGCCGUGCGAUUGAUGCUGCCACAGCUUAUCAGCUACGUUGGCAUUGAAUUAUAUCACUCUUCUUCGCGACGCGAAGCUUCAAACUCGCCGAGGUUGUAUACGUGCAGUGCUGUCUCACAUCAGGUUUCGAUUCGAGCUGCUAAAUACUUACCCUUCGAAAAUCCAUACACGAUGUCGCGUCCCGUUUGCCUGAGAGAUUUCGAGGACCUCUCCAUGAAAAAUAUCACCCCCACCGCGAGGGAUUACUACAAAAGCGGAGCCGGGGACGAGUACACGUUGAAGCUCAACAGAGAAUCCUUCCAGAAGCUUCGCAUUCGUCCCCGAGUGCUGCGCAACGUUUCGAAAAGGGACAUCAGCACUACGAUACUCGGCGAGAGGGUGUCCAUGCCUUUGGGCGUUUCGCCGACAGCCAUGCAAAAAAUGGCCCACCCGGACGGUGAAACUGCCAACGCCAAAGCGACUCAGGCGGCGAAUACGAUAUUCAUCCUGUCGACCCUGUCGACGAGCAGCAUCGAGGAGGUGACCAAGGCGGCCCCGGAGGCCAUCAAGUGGUUCCAGCUGUACGUCUACGCCGACCGGAGCAUCACCCUGGGCCUGAUUCGAAGGGCUGAACGCGCUGGCUUCAAGGCCCUCGUUCUCACCGUCGACACGCCGACGUUCGGCGACAGGAGGCGCGACAUGAGGAACAAAUUCAGCCUUCCCCAGCACUUGAGACUCGCGAAUUUCGAUGGGCUAUUGGCUAACAAGAUAAACCUGUCCAAGGAAGGAUCGGGCCUCAACGAGUACGUCCAGGAUUUGUUCGACGACUCCCUGUCUUGGAAAGACGUAGACUGGCUGAAGAGAGUGACGAAACUGCCUAUAGUCCUGAAGGGCAUUUUGACGGCCGAAGACGCGAUUCUCGGAGCCGAGCACGGAGCGAGUGCCAUUUUGGUGUCGAACCACGGAGCGCGGCAGAUCGACGGAACACCUUCUUCGAUCGAAGCACUGCCGGAGGUGGUCAAAGCAGUGGGAGAUAAAGUUGAGGUGUACCUGGACGGUGGCGUGACUCAGGGCACGGACGUUUUCAAAGCCUUGGCUUUGGGCGCUAGGAUGGUGUUUAUCGGCCGACCCUUGCUCUGGGGCCUUACCUACGCGGGGGAGGAAGGGGCCCGCGCUGUACUUGAGAUCAUGAGACACGAGAUCGAUCUGGCUUUCGCACUCACGGGAUGCUCGAGGAUUGACCAAGUGACGAGGGACAUGGUGAUGCACGAGUCCAGCUACAGUCGUCUUUGAGGGAAUUUGUUGCUUACAUACAUAUAUUUUUUUAAUGCAUAUAAUAUAGAUCAAACGUUAUUUUUCGAGGCGUGUGAUAAUGAAGAACACAAACAAGCUUGAAAUUCUUUUUAUUUAUAUAUACAUAUUUGUUUCAUAUUUGUUUGUGUGUUUGUGUAUUGGCACCGUUACGACAAACAUAUUGUUCAUUACUUUUAUUCGAUAUAUGUUUUGCGCGUGUGAUAGUAUACAGGGCAAUUAUAUAUUUAUUACUAGCGAAGCGUUUCGUUUUUACGAAAUAUUGCUUAUGGAUAAAAACUUUCUUGCAUUUGUGUAAAUAAAAUGUAGUAACAAUUUUUGUCGUCGUAGUUUCGGACAUUAAGCCUAUGUGCCCGUAAAAAAAAAGUUUACAAGUUAUUUAUAUCUUACAGAUUUAGACACGAAUAUAAAAAAACACACGCUCGCA